UUGUGUAAUUUAUUUCCAUACUCGGGACAAGUCAACAGUGCCUUUGCAGUCCUGUCGGAGUUCGCGAGCGUGCAGGUCAACAACACCCGACUAAGAAACAACAAACAAGUAAACAACAACAGUUCCCGUGAGGACAGAGCGCCAUGCUGAGCUCGGGGAAGCUGCGGCCGGCGCUGCGGCUGGCCCGGCGGCCGUGGUGCGUCUCGGCGGGCGGGCUCCACACCUCGGGCCGCCGACUGCACAACCCCGACGAGGUCGACCUGUUCGACUUUCGUUACACAACCCCCUUCGUCAAAAACCUGUUCGUCGGCAAGUUUAUCCGGGAACAAGUGUUCCCGUUCCCCCGACUGAACCAGCAGGACUAUGACCAGCUGCAGCAGAUGGUGGACCCGGUGGAGCGAUACUUCAAGGAUGAUGUUGACUCUGCGCAGAUCGACAUCGACGCCAAAAUCCCCGCAGAAACCCUGCAGGGCCUAAAGGACCUGGGGCUAUUUGGGAUGCAGGUGCCAAUGGAGUACGGUGGGCUGGGCCUGUCCAACACAGAGUACGCCCGUCUGGGCGAGAUCACGGCCAUCGACGGGGCGAUCGCGGUGACCUUGGCGGCGCACCAGGCCAUCGGGCUGAAGGGCAUCCUGAUUGCGGGAAACGACGAGCAGAAGACCAAGUACCUUCCGAAGCUGGCGACGGGCGAGCACGUGGCGGCUUUCGCACUGACUGAGCCUUCCAGCGGAAGUGACGCUGCUUCGAUCCAGACGCGAGCGACUCUGAGCGAGGACGGGAAACAUUUCCUGCUGAACGGGGGAAAGAUCUGGAUCUCGAAUGGCGGCAUCGCUGACGUCUUCACGGUGUUCGCCAAGACGGAGGUCGUGGACAGCGCAUCCGGCAAGGUCAAGGACAAGGUCACGGCCUUCAUCGUGGAGCGGAGUUUUGGCGGGAUCACGAGCGGCAAGCCGGAGGACAAGCUGGGGAUACGGGGGUCCAACACGUGCACCGUGCACUUUGAAGACACGCCCGUCCCGGUGGAGAACGUCCUUGGAGAGGUCGGCGGGGGUUUCAAGGUCGCCAUGAACAUCUUAAAUGGUGGGCGGUUCAGCAUGGGCAGCAGCGGCGCCGGCAUCGUCAAGAAGCUGAUUGAACAAACGGCAGAACACGCCACAAGCCGUGUACAGUUCAACAAGAAGCUGAUGGAGUUCCCACUCAUCCAGGAGAAGUUUGCUGAGAUGGCACUGCGAGCCUAUGCCAUGGAAAGCAUGGCGUACCUGACGGCCGGCAUUAUGGACCGCUGGCCGGGCGGAGACCCCGACUGCUCCGUGGAGGCUGCCAUGGUCAAGGUGUACAGUUCGGAGAGCGUGUGGACCAGUGUUAGCGAGGCCCUGCAGGUGCUGGGAGGCCUGGGCUACAUGAAGGAGUAUCCGUACGAGCGCUACCUGAGAGACGCCAGGAUCCUCAUGAUAUUUGAGGGGACCAAUGAAAUCCUGCGCAUGUACAUCGCCCUGGUGGGAAUGAAGUUUGCUGGGGACAUACUGAAGGAGAAACUCAAGGAUCUGAAGCGCGGUAACAUCGGCGUGAUUCUCCAGACCGUGCGCCAGCGAUGGGGCUCGGGGCUCGGGCUGGGGCCGAGUCUGGGGUUCAUCUCCGAGGACCGGUUCAUCGGAGACGGCUUUAAGUCCCAUCCCAGCGUCUCGGCGGGAGCGAAGCUUCUGGAGGAGAACGUAAACACGAUGGGGAUGACGACAGAAACGCUGCUGGCCAGACACGGCAAGGGCAUCGUGGAUCAACAGCUGAUACUGAAGAGAGUCGCUGACAUCACCACCAACCUGUACGCCAUGACGGCGGUCGUGUCUCGUGCCAGCAAGGCGGUCAUCUCAGGGCUUCCUAACUAUGACCACGAGGUCCUGAUGGCCAACACCUUCUGCCAGAAAACCUACAACACAAACAUGCAGCUGUUCGACGAGCUGAGCAGAGAAAACACGGACGCGGCUGUUCAGAAAAUCGGCACGGACAUCCUGAAGGCCGGGAGUUACAUCGCCGCACACCCGCUCGACAGAACGCACGACUUCGACAACAUUGACGUUGUGCCGCCCCAGCGGUAACGGGCGCAAACACUCGCAGACCACCGGGGUAACAU